AUGGACAUUGUUGCUGUUGCAGCAGCACGUGGAAGUGGGGCCGUGUGGAGUUCUUUCCCGGAGGCGGCGCUGGAGCGCGACCGGACGCGCAAGUCUGCGCUGCACUACUGCGCCGAGAACGCGACGGCGGCGUGCGCGGACGCCGUGCUGCGGGCGGCGCCGCAGCUGCUGCACUCUGCCGACGAGGACGGCUACACGCCGCUGCACCUGGCCGUCAUCGCGGGCAACGCGGCGCUCGUGCGGCACCUGCUGGCCGCCGGCGCCGACGUCGACUGCCGCGACCUCGAGCAGCACUCGGUCGUGCACUGGGCCACAGUGUGCGGCGAGGUGGAGGCGCUGGACAUCGUGCUGAGCGCGGGCGCGCCCGCGUCGUCGGCGGACGUGCACGGCGGCUUCCCCGUGCACUACGCGGCGCAGAUGUGCGGCCCGCACUCCGAGAUGGGCAACGACGUGCGCUUCGGGCUGGCCGUGCUGCGCCGCCUGCUGCAGGCGCCCGGCAUCGACGUCAACGUGCGGGACCGCGACGGCCGCCAGCCCAUCCUGUGGGCCGCCAGCGCGGGCAGCGCCGACGCCAUCUUGGCCCUGGUCAACGCGGGCGCCAACGUCGAAGCCGAGGACAAGGACGGCCUCACAGCGCUGCACUGCGCGGCCUCUCGCGGCCACACUGACUGCCUGGAGGCGCUGCUGACGCUGUGCGGCGCGCAGGUCGACGUCAUGGACAGCCACGGCUGCACGGCGCUCUUCUACGCCGCCACGCUGGGACACGCCGACGCCACGCGCCUGCUGCUCGGCCACGGUGCAGACCCCAACCGACAGGACCGCAAGGGCCGCACGCCGGCGCACUGCGGCGCGGCCAAGGGGCAGCUGGAGACGCUGCGGCUGCUGGCGGCGCACGGCGCCUCUCUCUGGCUGCGAAACGUGCGCGGCGACCUGCCGUUGCACGACGCCGUCGCCUCGGGCCGCACCGAGCUGGUGCGCUGGCUGCUGGGCCGCCGCCCCGACGCCGCCGACGCGCCCAACAACGACGGCCGCUGCCCGCUGCACGUCGCCGCCAUACACAACAACGUCGAGAUGUGCAAGGUGGUGAUGGACCACGGGGCGCUGCUGAACCCAGUGAUGCGCAGCGGUCGCGGCGCCAUGCUGACGCCCCUGGACGCGGCACUGCACCGCGGCAACCGGGGUGUCGCCAAGUACCUGCAGCUGCACGGUGGCGUGCCGGCCGCCAGGCUCACCGACAAGGCGGCCAGGCUGCGCGGCGCCACGCAGCAGCACAGGGCGGCGCUGUCGGAGACGCCGGCGUCCGAGGUUCGUUUCUCGGGGACGCCGGAGUGCCUGGUGCAGCCGCGGCUGGGAGCUUCCCUGGCCGCCAGCCCCCUGGGGACGCUGCACCCGGACCUGCCCCGGGCCGACAGCCGCGCCCUGCAGGUGCGGCUGAGCGACGACGUGGCGGUGCGGCACGUGGAGCGGCUGGUGCCGGUGUGCGCGCACGACCACGGCCACCACUGCCGCUGCCGCGGGCACCCGCGGCGCGCCUCCAGCAGCGACGACGAGCAGAGGUCGCGCCGCCGCCGCCACCACCAGCGGAGGCGGCGCCGCCCCCACUCCCCGGGCGCCGCCUCCGGCACGGCGCCCACUUCCGACGACGGCGGUUCGCCCCCGGCGCUCCGCCGCCACGGCGCCGGCGGCCAGCGCCACAAGCACCGCACGCGGCCGCACAGGGACAGCGAGGACUGCUCGGACGCCGGACGGAGGCGGCAGAAGCGGCGGGCGAGUGGCGACCGCCAGGGCAGGAGGAGGCAGCAGGGCCGGUCUUCCAGCGGCGGCGCCAGCAGCGGGGGCGGCGACGAGGAGCGCGACCGGCGGCGGCGCCAGCGGCAGGGGCCGGCGCGCGGCCCCCGGGGGCGGCGGGCCGCCUCCGCCUCCGCGUCCGCCUCGCCCUCUGCCUCGGACUCCAGUGACAGCGCGCGGCGCGGCGGGCGGCGACGACGGCGGCACGGCGAGCAACGCAAGCGCGCGGGCUCCGCCUCCGAAGACGCCGACCAGGGCGAGGAGGAGGCCGAGGAGGAAGAAGAGGAAGUGGGGCGGAAGGGGGAGGGGCGGGGGGCGGCGAAGGAGCCUCGUGACGGCAGGGUCGGCGGCGGCGGCCUCGACGACGACGACGACGACGACGACGACGACGACGUCCAGGUGUGCGUAGGCAAGCGAGAGGCGCCGCGGCGUCGUGGCGAGAGGCGCCACGGCACGGCCACUUCCGAGAAGGCGGCGGCCCCCGCCUCCAGGAAGACCAACGAGGAGAAGAAGAGCAGGACCAAACGCAAGGAGCUUGCCGCGGUCAAGGAGGAGGAGGUCAAGAAGAGUACUGCCGUUCAGUCGUCUGUGGAGGCAAGGAGCAGCAAGAAAAAGAACAGCAGUGUAACAUCUGCAUCAAACGGCGACGCUAGCAAGUCUGAAGCUAAGAAGACGAAUGCCAAGGUGAGAAUAGCAGACGAGGAAGCGAAAACCCUGCCUAAAGGAAUCAGUGAGGAUGCAGAGGGAGCAGAGGAUACACAGACAAGUUCUUCCACGACUGUCGCUCGCGAGCUCCUGAAAGCUAUAUCGACCGAGAAAUCCGUGACGAGCAUCGACGACGAAGUUGCUGCGGAAGAGCCGCCAGAAGAACGCCUUUCUCGAGAGCCUUCACGUAACGAGCCCCCCAGUGAGGAUCAGCCCACAGCAGAGGUUCCAGACGAAGGAGUUGGCCUCGGGGAAGAGGUCAGUCGGGACGGGGAGGCUGCCGAACCCUUCGUAGGUCUUCCAAAGGAAAGGACGGACAGCGUCUACACCACUUCUUUGGAUGAGGGGGCGACGCAGCAAGUGGUGACAGCGAUAGUGCACCACGAGCCCGCAGACGACAGUGAGCGGACGUCCCUCCAGCCCAGCGAACUGGAGGCCGACAACGUACCUGCAGAUCGAGACGAGCAGGCCCCAGCCGAAAACCUGCAGCACCCGAGUGAGGUCACUGAUGAUGACCAACCUGCUGACGUCGACACUUCUACGAUAGAUAAGAAGCCAUCGAUUGUCAAGCAGGACAAAAUUGAUGACGGUACUGUUAAAGACGACAGUGACGCUAUGGAAGAAGGCAUCGAUGGUGGUGAAGAAGUGGACACUGAAGCUGAUAACACGAAAGGGUGCGAAAGUGUGGAUCAAGAUGAACAGUCCACUGGGGAAAAGAACCCUGAAGAGGAACCAGCACAGAAUGAGUCACUUAAAGGUGAAGCAGACGACGACGCAGGGAAAUCGGACAGUGAGAAUAACGGAGCGGACGAGAAGCGGCACGAUGUCUCAGAAGCCGGGAGUGGUGGGGUCAGAGAGAGCAGGAAGGAUGUGUCGCGGGCAGAUGACGAGGUGAGCACUGCAGGCGCCGUGGACGAGGAGGGCGUCGUGGCCGAUGCCUCAGAGGCGACGGCAGCUUCCAGCAGCCGGCUGGCUCCGUCUGAGGCGGUGGACAGCGAGGAACGCGUCUCCACGACUGAGCAGGACCCGGCCAGGAGAAGGCGCCGACAGUCCACCAUGUCAGGGGCUGCAGAGAUCCCCAGCGAGGAAGAGGCUCCAGCCAGGUUGUGUGUCGGCCCGCUGAGAGGGACAGGACAGCAGCCGGCGCGAGGAGGUGGCGCGCUCGCGCCAGCUAUCACGCCACCUCCUCGCACCGGCUGCUGCCCUGGCUCUGGAAACAGCAGAAGGCGGGCUACGUGCUGCGUCGUCCCGCACGCUCCACGUCAGCCUCUCGGUGCUGUGAGGGACAGGGCAGCAGCCGGAGCAAGGAAGUGGCUGGUGGUGCGCUCGCGCCAGUUAUCACGCCACCUCCUCGCGCCGGCUGCUGCUCUGGCUCUAGCAACACCAGGCGGCGGCGAGGAGGAGGAGGAGGCGUCCUCGACGACCACGCGCAGCCGCUCCAGCGCGCAGCCCGACUCUGGGUUCGAGCCGUCGCCGCGGCGGGAGCACGAGCAGCCGGGCGAGGCCGGGGGCAGCGACGGGGGCGGCGGGGGUGGCGGGGGCGGCGGGGGCGGCAGGGUGCCGCGACCCUGCAGGCAGGACGGCCGGCCGCCGCUCAGCACCGUCUCCGUCACGCAGGCCGUACAGAACAGCAUGCGCAAGUACCACAUGGAGCGGCGCAUCUUCCAGCAGCUGCUGGAGCUGAAGAGGCUCCAGAUCCGCGCGGGCCGCGCCAACGAGCAGGUGCUCGUCAAGAGGCUCGUCGACGACUACCGCCGCGCCGGCCUCAUCGUCGGCCUCAAGGGCUUCCACGGACCCUUCACCUUCCGCGCCUUCGAGAAGUACCUCUACGACCAGCUGCGCACGCUGCAGUCGGCAGAGCGGCGGCUGGUGCCGCGGCUCAAGAGCAGCGACGACCUGGAGAAGCUCAGCGCCGCACUGCGCCGUGCCAAGCUCAACAACCUGCUGCCACCGGGAGACCCGGCACUCUGCACACACGGCACCCACCGCUGCCACCACGCCGCCCACGCCUACACCGGGGUGCCCUGCGCCGCCUACAUCGCGCCGCGCCUCAACCACCACCAGCUGCCCAAGACGGCAGCGACGCCCUUCCUGCCGCGCAUCCACACGGGGGCGGCGCCCGGGGGCGGCGGCAGGCCAGCGGGGGUGGCCAAAGGGGCAGCGGCGGGGGCGGCGGGGCGCGCGGUGACGCUGGAGCUGGGCUCGGGCGGGCGGCACGUGAUCGCGCUGCCGGCGGAGCGCGGCCGAGACAAGCGCUACUACGUGUCCUUCACCAUCAAGGGAGGCGGGGGCGGCGCCCCGGGGGCGGCGGCGGCGCCGGACCGGGAGGACGGCCGGCACCGGCACGCCAAGAGUCUCUAG